CGCUCUGCUAUGAAUCAGAUCAAGGACAGUGAAGAGGAAGCUCCGCCCUCUAAAACCACUCUGUGUGAGGAACAUGAGGGUCAGAGGAGGAUCCAUCAACAGAGACCAGACUCUGCCAGACCUGGACCUGGACCCAGCUGUGUGUCCAUGAAGAGUGACCGGUCCAUGAAUGAACCUGUGACCUUCAAACAAGAACAGAGGAGGAUCCAUCAACAGGGACCAGACUCUGCCAGACCUGGACCUGGACCCAGCUGUGUGUCCAUGAAGAGUGACUGGUCUAUAGGUCGUAUUAUUAGCUUCAAGGAUGGACAAAAACAUGGUGAACUGAUAGUUGAUCAGCAGAGGACAGAGGUUCUCAGUGGUCAGUCUGUCCAGCAGCAUGGAGCAGACCUGGACUCCAUAUUUAAGCUGCUGGAGGAGAUCAUCAUCUGCUUUGUGAAGAACGAGCUAAAGAAGAUCCACAAGGUUCUGGAUACAGAUCACACAGAAGUCUCAGAGAGUCAGAGGGAGGAUGAGGAGCAGAGGAGCAGCAGAGAGGCCUUUCUGAAGAUCACAGAGGACUUCUUAAGGAGGAUGAAGCAGGAGAAGCUAGCUGACAAAAUUAGAGCUUCAGCUUGUCGACGUGAACUCAAAUCAAACCUGAAGAAGAAGUUCCAGUGUUUGUUUGAGGGCGUGGCUAAAGCAGGAAACUCCACCCUUCUGAAUGAGAUCUUCACAGAGCGUUACAUCACAGAGGGAGAGACUGGAGAGGUCAAUGAAGAACAUGAGGUCAGACAGAUUGAAAAAGCUUCCUGGAAAUCAGACAGACCAGAAACAUCCAUCAGACAAGAAGACAUCUUUAAAGCCUCAGCUGGAAGAGGCGGACCAAUUAGAAGAGUGAUGACAAAGGGCGUGGCUGGCAUUGGGAAAACAGUGUUAACACAGAAGUUCACUCUGGACUGGGCUGAAGACAAAAGCAACCAGGACGUACAGUUCAUGUUUCCCUUCACCUUCAGAGAGCUGAAUGUGCUGAAAGAGAAGAAGUUCAGUUUGGUGGAACUCAUCCAUCACUUCUUCACUGAAACCAAAGAAGCAGGAAUCUGCAGGUUUGAAGACUUUAAGGUGGUCUUCAUCUUUGAUGGUCUGGACGAGUGUCGACUUCCUCUGGACUUCCACACCACUGAGAUCCUGACUGACGUCACAGCGUCCACCUCAGUGGACGUGCUGCUGACAAACCUCAUCAGGGGGAAACUGCUUCCCUCUGCUCGCCUCUGGAUAACCACAAGACCUGCAGCAGCCAAUCAGAUCCCUCCUGACUGUGUGGACAUGGUGACAGAGGUCAGAGGGUUCACGGACCCACAGAAGGAGGACUACUUCAGGAAGAGGUUCAGAGAUGAGGAGCAGGCCAGGAGGAUCAUCUCCCACAUCCAGACAUCACGAAGCCUCCACAUCAUGUGCCACAUCCCAGUCUUCUGCUGGAUCACUGCAACAGUUCUGGAGAACAUGCUGAAAACCAGAGAUGGAGGAGAACUGCCCAAGACCCUGACUGAGAUGUACAUCCACUUCCUGGUGGUUCAGUCCAAAGUGAAGAAGGUCAAAUAUGAUGGAGGAGCUGAGACGGAUCCACACUGGAGUCCAGAGAACAGGAAGAUGAUUGAGUCCCUGGGGAAACUGGCUUUUGAGCAGCUGCAGAAAGGAAACCUGAUCUUCUAUGAAUCAGACCUGACAGAGUGUGGCAUCAAUAUCACAGCAGCUUCAGUUUACUCAGGAGUCUUCACUCAAAUCUUUAAAGAGGAGAGAGGCCUGUACCAGGACAAGGUCUUCUGCUUUCAUCAACUUCAUCAACUCUGGAACAAAUCUCUUGUCAGAAGAACCAACAACGAGCCAGCGGUCCAUACAAACAAACAAACCUGA